CAAAGGCCGGCCAAUAGCGACGGAACCCGCAGGAGGGCGCUGCGGACAACGGCAAAAAGUCAUUCUCAAAGGCAGCUCGUCAAAAAGGCAGUCACGAUGGUAGUAGUGCGAAGACCAGCGUCUCAGGAACAAUCUGCCUUCUGAUAACCGGCUCGACGCCAGGCACAUUCCUAUUUGUAAGAUGGACGGGCAUCGCUAUCAACUGAUUUGGGCUCCUGACGGCGCUAGACCCGGGUCGGCAAAUUGGCUGAGUGGGCGUGGAGGGGGACCAAAGAUAAGGCCGUGUCACCGUCAUAUCAUACGGCCAGGCCUUACAGUACCGGACUCCAAGCCGGGUGGCAGUUCCCCGGCCCCUCUGCCAAUCACCCGUACGGUACGGUCAUCCCCAAUGACAUCAUCUCCCCACCCGCAGGCCCUAGACCGGUCCAUUGUAGGCCGAUGCCUGCGUAAUACCGUAUGGUCACGGCCACGGGCGGGCGCCCCCGAUCAGCGUGAGUGAUUUUUGGCUGGAGGCAGGCAGGUCAUUGUACCACAUGAACCACCUGAAUUGGAGGAC